AUAUAAUCUCUUAAGAUCCUUAGAAAUUUAUAAAGCCACAUUCUCUUAAACAUAAUUCAUUUUUCCUUCUUUCUAUUUCAUCAAAUAUUAUUACCUUUUUUUUUUUUUUUUUUUGAAAAACCAUAUAAUAUAAUUUUAUACAAUAUGGAUGAAAUUGAAACUCCUCCAUUUUUUUUGUGUCCAAUUUCAUUUCAAAUCAUGAAAGAACCGGUGACAACCGUGACUGGAAUAACAUACGACCGAGAAAGUAUCGAAAAAUGGUUGUUGAAGGCCAAGAUAUGUGUUUGUCCAGUUACAAACCAAUCACUACCAAGAGCUAGAGAAUAUUUGACUCCAAAUCACACACUUCAAAGGCUAAUCAAAGCAUGGAUUUCAUCAAAUGAAGCCAAAGGUGUUGGUGAUGAUCAAAUUUCAUCUCCUAAAUCUCCUAUCAAUAGAAUCCAUCUUCAAAAGCUUGUCAAGAAUCUUGAGGUUCCUCAUUGUUAUCAAGCAUCAAUGGAGAAGAUUCAUGAUCUUGCUAAACAAGGUGAGAGAAAUAGAACAUGCAUGGUUGAAGUUGGUGUAACAAAAGCAAUGGUUAUGGUGAUUAAAAAGAAUUUCAAAGAAGGAAAUACCAAUGGUUUAGAAGAAGCUUUGAAGAUUAUUCGUCUUUUGUGGCAUGAAGCAAUGAUCAAGAACAAGAUCAAGCAUUUGAUUAGAGAAAACAUGGAUUUCAUCAACUCUUUGACUUGGAUUUUGAAAAUUCAUGUGGAUAACAAAAAUAUCAACAUGGUAAAUGAAGUUAUGCCAUUAUUAAAGUUGACAAUUGAUGUUGUUGAUUCAACACUUUUAGGAAAUUUAAACAUUGAAUUCUUUAGAGAAAUUGUGAGAGUAAUUCGAAAGCGAGGAUUAAUCUCUAAACAAGCUAUUAAAUCGGCUUUACAUGUGCUUGUAGACGCGUGCCCGUUGGGUAUAAACCGAACGAAGAUCGUGGAAGCAGGUGGAGUAACCGAGCUUGUUGAACUCGAGCUUGAAAAACCCGAGAAGAACAUUACCGAGCUUGUAUUCAACCUUUUGGCACAUUUGUGCUCGUGUGCGGAAGGAAGAGAACAAUUUUUGCGACACGCGGCUGGUUUAGCGAUGAUUUCGAAAAGGAUUUUGAGGGUCUCAGCCGCAACCGAUGAUCUAGCCAUUCAAGUAAUUUCAGUGAUUGCGAAGUAUUCAACUUCGAAAGAGAUUGUUUUAGAGAUGUUGAGGGUUGGAACGGUUUCGAAGCUUUGCAUGGUAAUGCAAGCAGAUUGUGCUUCUUAUUUGAAAGUGAAAGCUAGAGACAUACUUAGGUUACAUUCAACUUCUUGGAAUAAUUCUCCUUGCAUACAAGUGUAUUUGUUAACUAGGCACCAAAGGUGAUCAAAUAUAUAUAACUAACUAUUUAUAAUCUUGCAAAAAAAGUAUCGCAUAUCAUUAACUAGUCAUGACUCAUGACUACCAUUUAAUUUGUAC